CGCGGGGGCGAGCGGCGGGGGCCGGCGGGAGAUCACACUCCAUAUUCACAACUAGAAGGAAAAGGAAGAAUUUCCUGACUCUCUGGAUUUCAAGGAUGUCAUUAUGUUGUAUUGGAUGAAUUUAAACUAGACAAGACUUCUUUUUGAAACACUUCAAGAAAGUGAGUGUGCCUGAGGGGAGAGGAACACAAGAGAGGAGAGACAAUUGAACAUCACCAUUGGCCAAGACCUGAAAAAAUGUUGCUGGAUGAACACAGGAUUAGAACUUAAUUGUAAAAGACAAAGAAAGUCUUGAGAGGCGAUUUGCUUCAUUUUCACAUUCAUCAUGGCACAGAUCCUCUGGCUGGCUGGUUGAUGGAACUGUCCAACGCUUCCUAUUUAGGUUCAGUGCAGAUCCCUUCUGUGUACAGAUUGAAAGACCUGGGAUCAGGUGGUAACUGGAUGGUGCCAAAUAUGGAAAUGGAAAGAGAAAUGGACUCCGAUGAGCUAAGAUGGAAGUGACUUGACAGCAACAAGCUCAGCAAUUGUCUCCAGUAAGGACAGGUUGAGACGGGAAUCUCAAGCUUCGCUGGGAGAGCAGUAUGCAGGAAGCUGGUUUUCAGGCCACAAAUGCUUUCACAGAGUGCAAAUUCACCUGCGCCAGUGGUAAAUGCUUGUAUCUUGGUUCAUUGAUUUGUAACCAACAGAAUGACUGUGGGGAUAACAGUGAUGAAGAGAACUGCCUGCUUGUAACAGAGCAUCCACCUCCAGGCAUCUUUAGUUCUGAACUGGAGUUUGUUCAAAUCAUCAUUAUAAUCGUGGUUAUAACUGUUAUGGUGGUAGUGAUCAUCUGCUUGUUGAACCAUUACAAACUCUCGACACGCUCUUUUAUCAACCGACAGAGCCAAAGCAGAAGACAGGAAGAAACUUUGCAGACGGAAGGGUGCUUGUGGCCUUCAGAAAGCUCAGUUUCGCGCCAGGGUGCUUCAGAGAUCAUGUAUGCUCCAAGGUCCAGGGACAGGUUUACCACCCCAUCUUUUAUGCAGCGGGACCGUUUCAGUCGCUUCCAGCCCACUUACCCUUACAUGCAGCAUGAGAUUGACCUCCCUCCAACCAUCUCCCUCUCUGAUGGGGAAGAGCCUCCGCCGUACCAAGGCCCAUGCACCCUGCAGCUCCGGGACCCAGAACAGCAGAUGGAGCUCAACCGGGAAUCCGUCAGGGCACCACCCAACCGAACCAUUUUUGAUAGCGAUUUGAUAGACAUCUCGAUGUACAAUGGGGGCCCCUGCCCACCAAGCAGCAAUUCGGGCAUAAGUGCAACCAACUAUAGCAGUAAUGGAAGGAUGGAAGGACCACCCCCGACGUACAGCGAGGUCAUGGGGCAUUACCCAGGCUCCUCUUUUUUCCAUCACCAGCACAGCAACGUGCCUCCUUCCUCGCAGAGGGGGAGCAGACUUCAGUUUCAGCAGAACAAUUCAGAGAGCACAAUAGUCCCCAGCAAAGGCCAAGACCGGAAACCAGGAAACCUGGUCUAAAGUUACUCGCCCAGGUGCAUUUGAACUGAAGACAGGAGAUCCAAGCAGGGUGGUGGAGGAAGACUCCCACGCUCCGGUGCACAAUGUUGUUACGUUUCACGUGGUACAACUUAGUAAAACCAAACGUGCAAACCAGUUCUUUGUUUCUGAUUCCUUUCAGGGGAAUUGCAUGCAAAGCAGAUUGAAAGAAAUACAAACUUCCAUUCAGUUUGUCUAUGAGCAGUGUUUCAGGGGAGGGGGGGAUAUAUUAUUUUUUUUUAAUAAACUAUUUCAAUUAUUUAAUUCUAAAAGUUAGCACAGAAAGGAAGGCUUGUACAGCCUGUUUUAUACUCACUGAACGGCGGAAGGAAGAAGGUGGUUUUGCUAGAUAAAUGGGGGAAGAAUUGGCCAGUUUGCUUUUUUUUUUUUUCUCCCAGGGUGUGGAUUUUUUUAAUAUGAAACAAAAUUCCUGUUCUGUGUGCCAAGGUAUAAAGUUGAGAACUUAGAUGAAUGCAAGGAAUUAAUUUGUGUUGUGAUAAAUGUGUUUUAAAAGGUUGCACUAUCUUAAUGUUUUAAAAAAAUAUAUUAUGAGGGAACUGUUUUAUGUGAAGUUCUUCUAUAUGUUGUCUUUUCACCUGUGGAAUAAUGAUAGAGCUCCAGAAGUAAUCUGGAGGAGUUUCCCCCCCUAUCCCUGGGUUUGCUAGAAAAUGGGGACAGGACUUAGCCUAACAUCUCUUGACUUUUACAAAUCAAGAAAUACAGGGACAGUUGUCUUUGCAAUAAUUUGCAUUCAAAUAACAGUGCAUCAGUGAAGUGUCUUGGAAACUUGGAUGGAAGAAGGCAAAUAUGAAAUCCCAGCAUUUUCCAUCACUUAAGGUUUAGCUAUUUUGCAGUGUAGACUAUUUGUUUUGUAAAUGGCAAAACAAAAAAUCCCAGAUGUGUUAAUUUGUAUUGAUUCUAACUAAGUGCUGCCAUUCUAUUCCUUUUCAUAAUGCAGUAUCGCCAGUACUUAACUGUUUUAGAGAUUUUUGUCCUCACUGUAGCCUGAAAUGUAUUUAGUUACAUAUCAUGACAUUAUGCAAUAAAUUGUUUGAAAAUGCAGGGUGGGUUUUUUUCCCCUGCAACGCUGUUAAAA